UAAGUUAGCCUUACGAGUUUAAUGCUGCUAAUCGCCCAGUACUGCUAACGGAAAUUUGGUCGCUAUUUUAACUGCAGUGUAACCAACAGUAACUGUAGAAAAGCCUAAACAUUAGCGUCGUUAGUUGAAGAGUAGACUUUUAUUAGUGUCACAUAAGCUCUCUGCUGUUUAUCAAACGUCGUACAUAUUGUACUGUGGCUCUGUUAGUUAGCUAAUGUUAACGCUGUUCGUCAAAGGUCAUUCUUAAUAUUCUGAAUAUAACUGGACAGAAGUAACGUGUUGGCAGGUUGAGGUUUGGAGGCUCAUACGAAUUUAAAUACAGUAUAGUAUAGUACGGUACUGGACUUUUACUAACUUAACACGUGGAGUAAUAAGGCCAGUAAUGACCACAAGCUCAACUCAAGCUCAAGCAAGAAACUUAUCAGUUCUUAAAGAUGUUGUGGCCUAUGUUGAUGUGUGGUCAUCAGACAAAGCGGCAAACUAUUCAAAACCAUUUGUUCAGCAGUUACAGGAAAUGGGAGCUCAGGUAUCAAAAACAUUCAAUAAACAAGUCACACAUGUAAUCUUUAGCAAUGGUCAUCCAGCCACAUGGAGAAAAGCUACAAAAAGAGAUGUAAGGCUUGUUUCUGUUCUCUGGGUAGGCAGAUGUUACAAUGACGGUGUGCAUGCUGAUGAGGAGUUGUACCCAGCCCUAAAUGAUGAAAGCAAUCCUGUAUUGAAGAACAAAAAACAUCGUUGCAUGCAGCCAAAAGACUCUCCAGAGAGGACACCUGAGAAUGACAGACGCAUGAGGAAAAAAUUAGACAAGAUGAUGAAAGACCUUGCUCCCAAACAACCACUGGUAACAGAUGUCUCACCUAUUAUUAUCGAUGAAGACAAUGGAAUAGUCUAUAGUCCUGGAUUGAAAAGAUCAAAUUAUAUGGCACAGCGUUUGAAAGACAUGAGAGAAAAACAUGAAAACCUGUCACCCACAGCAUCACAGAUGAUUGAAUCCUGCUCACCCACUGGUGUGAAGCCUUCUCUUGGAAACACACCAACUCUUUUCAAAUUGUUGUAUGACCAGUCCGAUGAUGAUUCCUGUGCUUCUGUUGCCGAACCUGGUUACUCGCCUCAUGAAGAAGGGAGGACACCAGUUAAUCAUCUUGAACAAGGUGGCAAGAAUGAAAAGCCGUCUCAUGCAAGCAGUGAGUCCCAACAUCAAGAAUCUCAGUUUGCAGUGAUGGAUCCAAGUGCUAGUGUCACAGUCAUGGCUAAAGGACGAAGACAGAGCACUUUAUCAUUUACAAGCACCAGCACAAAGAACAGCCAACCAGUAAGAAAGAGAAGAGGACCUUCAUCAGUGCAGCCAACAACAACAGAAGCUAACACUGCCAUGGAGGUUCAGAAAAAGCCUUGGCUCUCACCCUGUCAUGAUGUGCCAAAACAGAUUUCAAGUCCUAUGAAAUAUCCUGACCUCACAGACAAUGAGGAUGAAAAAGGAAAUAGGCAACAAAUGUCAAGAAGGACCCCAGUCUGUAAAAGGAAAGCAACAAAAGACAAAGUUUCGAGUUUAUUGGAAAUUCCUAGCCAGGAUAAGAGGUCAGAGGUUAGCAAGAGGCGCUCACGUAUAAAAUCAUUAAGCCCAUCACCUAACAAACAUAGAAAGGGAAAGCAUGUGUCUUCUGAUGCAAUUAACUCAUCUAGUGUUCUCCGAUCACCCGUAUUUGGUGAUGCUGCAGCUGAACUGCCAAAAGACACUGCUGCUCCAUCAAGUAAAAUGAAACAGAAAACACCCAAGUCAAGUUCUACCUUGGUGAAAUCUUUCAGUCUCUCUGGAGGAUUGAAUAGUGUUACUUUACAUUCUGCUGAUGCAGAUGAUGAUGAAUUUGAGGACUAUUUUUCCCCAGCUAAUCACCACCAGAGAUCAAAAAGACCACUUUUGACUAAUUUAGAUGUGAAAGAAAUUGACAUUCAGAUUCCUUUUGAGUUGGAACCUGUCCCAAAGAGGAAAAAAACAAGAAGUAGUAUAAGUGUUGGAUCUGAAAAUAUGACUUUAAUGACAAGUAAACUGAAGGAAAAGCAAAGUGUUGAAGACCUAAAUCAGCUCUCUAAUGCAAGCAGUGAAUCUCCGUGUGCAGUGGCUGAUCCAAGUGUUAGUGCCACCGUCGUGGCUAAAGGACGAAGACAGAGUACUUUACCAUUUACAAGCACCAGUACAAAGACUGAAGCAGUAAAAAAGAGAAGAGCAUCUUCAUCAGUGCAGCCAACAUUAACAGAAGCCAACACAGUCACAGAGGUGAAGAAAAGGUCUGUCAGUGUGAUUCCUCACACCCUGGAAAGCAGAGGAAAUGAGGGUACGGUUGCAGCUGGUUUAAAUGAGAUCUCAUCUCAAGCUGAAGCAAAUCACAAUAAGCAAGAGCAUUGUAGUCUUCAAAACAUGGUGAACAAAACAAAGGCUGUAAGAACACUGGUUAUGACAAGCAUGCCCACCGAGAAGCAGCACACAAUUGUUCAGGUGGUCAAAGCACUGGGUGGCUUUUCAAUUGUUGACCGCGUUUGUGAGAGCACAACUCACGUGGUGUCUGGGAGCCAGCGGAGAACUGUCAAUAUUCUGUUGGGCAUAGCUCGUGGCUGCUGGAUCCUGUCUUUUGAAUGGAUUCUCUGGUGUCUGGAGCAAAGGCAGUGGAUUCCAGAGGAACCAUAUGAACUUUCAGACCAGUUUCCUGCGGCACAGAUCUGUCGUCUCCAGAGGCAUUUGUCGGCUGGGGAACACCAGCAAGACCUGUUCCAAGACCAGCCAGUCAUCUUUGUGUCCCAGCACUCCCAGCCACCCACUGAGAGUCUGGUGGAGCUAAUCAAGCUCUGUGGAGGCACAGUGUGCAAAAGUGUGCGUCAGGCAGGUAUCUGCGUAGGCAAGUACAAUGGCAGGAGGCCAGAGGGGAACAGGAUCCUCUCUGAGCAGUGGGUGCUGGAUAGUAUCACGCAUUUGAAGAAGCUGCCAUAUGACAACUAUGACUUGGAGUGAAACAGUUGAAUCCUUUUGUUGCUAUAAAGUUUAGUUUUAUUCAUUUUGUGCUGGUCACUUUCUACCCUGCAGUGUUCCUUUGCGUCUGUGUUCAGAGGCUUCUUCAGUUCUUAAGACAUUAACUUCCUAUUGCCAUGGAAACAGAUGAAUAAAUCAAUUACAAGCCUUACAGUGCGAGUGCUUGUGCUAUAAAACAGAAUUUAAUCUUUAUACGUGAACUUAGAAAUUUACUGUCUAAAUGCUGUAAAGGCUUUGCUCUUUCUCUCCUAUUGUUAGUGCCUCUACCUCACUGUGAACCUUCAACUUCCUUAUAAACCUCCAUUAAUGAAUGUGUAGAUAUUUAAUACAAAGACUACUACAAAGGCCAUACUCAUGUAAAUACAUCAAACACUUGAAAGCAUGAAAAAAAUAGGAUUUUAAUAGGAAGUGAACUGUUACUUCAGGACAAAAGUGAGACUUUCCCCUUUCAUUUAAAAUUCUAACUCCUAUCUUUCAUUAUCUAUCUAUUUAUAUAAACAUGGUUUUGUCUAUACAGUUUGUACUGUUUGUGAAACAUGCGGAACUGCCUUGGCUAUAUGUGAAUCCUUUAAAAUUUUUAUAUUUUUAGUAGCAACCACUACUGCUGGACAUGGUUUCUGCAACAAGGAACAAGGAAUUUUUGAUUUCAAAAAUAUUUGCAGUCACUGUAAUGAUGAUAAUAUAUUCAAUCAUUAUGCAAUUUUUGUGGAUGUCAUUGUUAAUAAAUACCGUUUUUACCAUUUGA